AUGGCCGCCAAGAGCCAGACCAAAAUGGCCGCCAGGAGCCAGACCGAAAUGGCCGCCAGGAGCCAGACCGAAAUCGCCGCCAAGAGCCAGACCAAAAUGGCCGCCAGGAGCCAGACCGAAAUCGCCGCCAGAAGGAGGCUUAAAAAGCGCGCCAAAACCGCCCGGGCAAAAGUCGAUAAAACCGAGUUGUUUCGCUUCACCUCGUCUGAAUCCAGCCCAAGGGCUAAGCAAAUCAUCUCCCAUAAACCAAUGGGAGUUGAGAAGGCCGUCGGCGUGUCUGUCAAAGCAAAUUGUCCAUCAAAGUCAACCGACCGAGAGAUACCAGGACAGACAGACCAAUCACAAGCUGGCAAACUGGCUGUGGAUGUAGGAUCUCAGUCUGUUUUCAGCCGUCGCGUCAUUGUUCACAUUUCCUCAUCUCUUUUCCAUCAUGUGCCGGGAAGUCUCGAGCGCCAUCCUCCUCGUCUUUAA